CCAAUGUUGCACUUGGAAAGACUGCUCAAAUGUCUACAAUAAAUCAAGAACAUUUAUUUGACGAGAGUCUAGCUAUUGACGGUAUUUCUGAUCAAGGUAUGGUCAAAGAGUCAUGUUUUGAGACUGCGGAAGAGGACAAUCCUUGGUGGCGAGUUGACCUCUUUGAUAUAUAUUUGAUAUUUCUGGUGAGACUAUACAAUCGACUCGAUUGUUGCAGUGAUUCAGCGUAUGAUGUACAGUUGCGGAUAGGCCCUUCACUGGAGACAAUGACCGAGGCAGGUUUCAUUGAGGGUCAAAUAGAAGAUAUCCAAAAUAUCGUUCUUCCGAUAAACACAGAAGCAAGGUUCAUAGAACUGAUACGAAAAGGAUGGGGAGCUUUUCACUUGUGCGAAGUUGAAGUGUUUGGAAAGAUAGCUGAAUGUAAAUAUGAUCCCUGUCAAAAUGGAGGCAAUUGUUACGUCAUACACUGUGGCGAUCUAGAUAACUGCAGAAACUACACGUGCUCAUGUGCGGACGGCUUUGGUGGUGUUGACUGUGAAGUUUGUACAUAUAAUGUUGCUGUUGGAAAAGAAAUUGAGGCGUCAAGUAUUUAUCAUAAGAGCUGGUUUCCAAGUAACGCUGUAGACGGUGAUACCAAUCAGAAUAUUCUUUUUGGAGCGACGUGUGUGUCCACACAGAAAGAAAUAAAACCCUACUUAAUGAUAGAUCUCGGUGAAGAGUACAACAUUACUGGUGUCAAUGUUUACAGAAGAUCGGACUGUUGUGCGGAAGAUUUUGGCGCUAUUGAACUGUUUCUCAUGAUGACAACAUGGAUUAGCUAUGGGUACACUGAUGAGGGUACUGAAAGCAUUUCAAAGUUUGGGAUAUACCCAUAUGUCGCAACAAGGCAUGUAAAAGUUGUGGCAAAGGAAGAGCAGCCAACAUUCCUUCAGAUCUGUGAGAUACAAGUGUUUAGCAUUUGUCAAGAAGACUUCACAGUUACAACAUCUCCUAAGACAAUGGUUGAAGAACCAAUGCCUUUCAUACAGAUGCGAUUCUCAUUGUCAGACAAGUACAGUGAUGUUGUCAAGUCGGAAGAGUCAUUUAAAGAUUUGAUCAGACAAGGAUUGUCCAGUCAAACCGGUUAUUCGGAGGAAAGUUUUCGAAAUAUAGAAGUAGAAAAAGAACCAUUCCGUGUGUCAUUUGAACUUCAUGCUAUUGAGGGAGAUAGGACAACAUUGAAUAACAUGUUGAAGAAGAUAGAAACUCUAAACAGAUUUGGCAUUCUAGAAAUUGAAACCAAAGAUGGUCAGCUAUUAGCAAUUACCGCUGGAAGUCUACAAUAUCAUAUGAUUUUUGUAGAAAAUACAGGAACAGGAAUUGACAGUCCGUUCUUCCUGAUAGCUUCUGUCAUCGUUAUGGCAAUGACCUAUAUGUGAGACAGAAGAGAGGGACGAGCUAUGAAUAACACUGUGAUUAACACUGGCUCAGAUUAUAGUAUAUUACACGUAUAUUAUGAUGUCGCAACAAGUGCCUUGAUACAAAGGCUAAAUAUAUAUAAAUUGACAAAAUGACAGGCAAUAUCAUUGUUUUGUUAUCUAAUCAUAUCGGGAAGGACUUACGGGAAUCAUUUGUGACAUAACAUGAGAAAUUGUUUUAGCUGUGCUCAUUCUAUAAGCUCGUAUAUUUGAUAAAAACAAUUCUUUACUAAUCACAGCGACUGUCAAAGUUUUAAGUUUUAGAGGGCGUGGACGACAGCAUCCAUUUCCACUGAACAGGCUCCGUAAAACCGAGGCCUGUGACAUUUUGUUUUUUUUUUGUCAUGUUGAGCAACCUGUAGUGUUUUAACUUUUUCUAUUUUAAAUUUAUUACAAAUUAAUACGAUUUCAUUUCAUUUAUAUUACAUUUAUUUUAUAUUUAAGAAAAAAAUUAUAGCAAUAGAGUGUUUUAAUAUUAUUUAUACACGAUGGGUUAUACGUCGGACGUAAUAAUAUCACGAGGGCACAACCCGAGUGAAAUUAUUUGAACGAUGUAUAAACGCCCGAGUGUAUGAACAGUGUUAAAACACGGUUUUGCUAUAAAUUAUUUCGAUUCUAAUAUGCCCUUAAUCUAAAACAUUAGAUAAAAUAUAGAAGCUCUCUUUCUUUGUCGCAACAAAAACUUUGACCUCACCGCACGUUAACGUGACGUCACUCUAGCGUAAAAGUGUUUUAGAAUGUUGUUUUAGUUCCUAAGGACGAUUAUAUAUACGAAUGUCGUAUGUUGUAUCAUGUCUUUUUCAAAAAUAAAACAUGAGUAUAAUCGUUAGAAGUGUUUUCAAUUUUAGAACAGCGUGUCAUACCGUUUUACACAAAUCACACUGAUAAACGUAUUUACGAAAAAGGGGUGUAAAAUUUUGCAAAGGUUUGAGCAAAAUGCAGUUGUGUCUUCUUUAUGCAUUAGCUUUAACCCUUAAUCUGCUAAAUUUCAAUAAUGAACUUGUCCAUCUUGUCCAUCUUUGAAUUUGGACAGUAGCAUUAACUGUUUAAAGAAAGGGUGCAUACCAAAAGGACUCAUACUAUACGGAUGUGCAGGCUGAUCAUGAUCUGCUCUGGUCGCAAAGACAGAAUCAGUCAUGUCCAGCAUGAUAAAGAUUAAGCUUAAUUUACAGUCUUCCUGAACGUUAUUAUUGAAUUAUGUAGACUGAACAUUGAAUUAGUCUGAAGAUAUCAGUCAAAGUUGACCAAAAUUGUGUUGUUUUUAGGAUUUUGUGACCUUCCGAAUUAGGUCCUUCUGGAUCAUGAAAUCAAUUUCAAAACCAAAUGUUUUGUUGCGACCAAGAAAGAGCGCUACUAUAUUUUAUCUACUGUUU